AUGGCGGACUCGACAGUCUCCAAUCGUCGAAGGUCCGGCAGAUCUGCCGAUGCCGCUGCCCGUGUGGAAGCCCUCGAGCGCCUGAAGACGCUCCGACGAGCGGGCGGUCGCCGGUCGGAAUCAGGUGCCGGCAUUGGCUUCCAGAUCAAGAUCGAGGAGCCCAUCUACGACACUGUUGCUGAGGAGGAUUAUGCGCGCAUAGUGGCCGAGCGCAGGGAAGCCGCCAAAGGAUUCAUAGUGGACGACGACGGGAUGGGGUACAACGACGAGGGCCAGGAAGUGGACUGGGCUGACGUCGGCCUCCCACCUUCGUCCGAUGAAGAUGGUGAAUCCGAUGGGGCGGUCGACAGGUCCAGGAAGAAGAAGGUGGUGAAGAAGGAUCCAGCAGCCAGGAGGCCUGCUCCCACAUCCUUGACGGCUGCCGCAGCGUUGAUGGGAAAGCAGAAGCUCUCAGCGAUGUUCACUUCAUCCGCCUUUAGAAAAAAUGACAGGGGCAAGGGGCCUUGUAUGUCGUCUGAGAGCAUUGUGGAUGAUCUCAUUGCAGAGUGCGCCCCCGAUGAGGCUGACCGUGAGGAGAGGAGGUCGCGCCGGGUGGGCCCUACGGCUGUCGUACCUGGAGCUCGGAGCUUCAUGGUUCCUCCGGUCUCGAUGAGUAACGAUACACGAAUGUGUUUUCCUGCGAACAAUCCAUCAGCAAUGCAACAGCUAACCACGCCGUCAACUGUGGCAACUUCGAAGAAUUUUCCAGAAAAUGACGAUUUACGCGAUGUGAAGGACGAGCCAAGGGAAGCGAAACAGGAGAAGAUCAUGCUGUGUGAGUCUGAACCAUUAAGCAAUGGGCAUGCAAACGUGGGGAAGGCCAAUAUUCUUGAAGUUAAAUUGGAGCCUGAAGUGAAGAGUGAGAAAGUCUUUGCUUUUAAUGCAAAGAUACAGGUGGAAAAAGAUGGUAAUACACCAAGUGCCACUGCCGGGUGGAAGGCAGUUUGUGAAGGAGAUAAUGGAAGUGUUGACUGCAGAACAGGUGCUGUUGAGGGUACAGAGGUCGAGGAGAAGUCUGAAUUUGAGCUAGAUUCAGAUGGGUCACUUAAUUUCUACUUGAUUGAUGCACACGAGGAGUCAUUUGGCGCUAAUGCGGGGACAAUUUAUCUUUUUGGAAAGGUACUCGGACUGUUUUUUGUUUAGCCUUUCUUGAUAUUACAACGUCAAUAACUCUGAAAUAUGACGGCCAAUAAUUGGAGUGCCUUCACUUUUAUAUUUUCUCUUAUUGGUUUAUAUUUUACACUGUCUUCGUAUCAUGAGUUUCUGCAGCACUGUUGUCAAAACGUCCAGUGCUGUAUCUCUGCAUGUUUUGUGUUUCCUUUGUUAUUGCAAGUCCGGAUGGUAAAUACUCUACAUGGCGACGCAUUUUUCUUUCUCAGGUGAAAGCGGGGAAUUCAUAUCACAGCUGUUGUGUAGUUGUAAAAAAUGCACAGAGAUGUGUAUAUGCAAUCCCAAACAGCUCUGUGUUUCAACGCAGUGUUAUACUAGAUCUGGAGGAAAAAGUUGCUAGCUCAAAACUUUCAGCUGUCGAUUUUCGGGUGAAACUGCAAGUAAAUUUUCUCACUUUCUUGAAGUUCAGGGGUUAUACUCUUUUGUAAUUAUAAUCACUCUAUUUCUUCUGCCAAGAUGCUCAUUGAUUUCAGAUUAUGCUUAAGAUAUGUCAUUCUUGCUCUUUAGGACAUGGCUGCAAAUUUAAAGAAUGAACUUUCGAGCAAAUUGGUUGAGUAUAAUGUAUCGUCGUUCAGUAUGACUCCAGUUAAGGUCAGUUUGGUUUAGUUACUGCUUGGUUCUUAUCCAAGCCAUGUGACUUGUUAUUUCGGUUAUCAUCAAGUGUUCUUUUAUUUAUGAAUAUAUUUAUUAUACUGGACAUUUUACAGAGGGGUUAUGCCUUUGAACGAUUUGACAUCCAUGCUGGAGAGCAAUACGUUCUUAAGAUCACUUAUCCAUUUAAGGUAUUACAGUUUGAUUAAUAGCUUGCAAGACCAUUCUUUUUAGAUGUUUAGUUCCUGUUUAUUUCAUCUUAAUAAGUCGAGUUUUUCUUUUUGCCACUGGUUCUAACCUUUUACUCACAAUAGUCACAAGCCAAAUGUUCUCACAUAAUGGGAGUAUCUUGUGAGUAGAUGUUGUCAGUACUAAAAAAAAUAAAUGGCAAACCAGACAUGUAUGCUGUUAUUUCUUCAAGUCAUUGCUAUGCUUAGUGUUGAUCUUAUAAAUCGGAGAACCUCAUCGGCUUGUUCUUUGUACUUCAUAUCAAGUUUACUCCGGUUUAGUUUCUUUAUUGUUGUACUUGUCAGGAACCCUGGGGUUCCUCACCCACAAAAGGGUUUGGGAGAUCCUAACUCUUUAUUGGGGAUAUAAAUGUUGCAACUAGUUCAAUCACCAGCUGUCUUCCUUUUUUUCAUUAUUUUUUGCGACGUAUGCCGUUCAUUUACUUUGAAAUGAGUUGUCAACAACAGAAUUAUUUAAUCCCCCAAGAUAUCUGGAUGUGAAAGUCACGGCUUCGACUUGGACGGGCAUGAUUGCUUCACUACAGACCAUUAAUUUUUUUUUUGAAAAUGGUUUUAAGUGGGCAUUCUCUAAAUUAUGAAGGUUAUGUCCACUCUGACAAUAAAUGGAAAAAUUUUACUGGCCAAGAAAUUAGGAACAAAUCUGGGUUACCGUUUAAAGUUUAUGCGAUGCUAGAACACUUUAUUUUCUUUCAUAUUGCUAAUGAGAAUUUAAUAAAAUUUAAAGUUCUACUUCCAUAGAACACCUCAUCACCACUGGGGCGGAGUAUUUUGUUUGUGACUUCCAUAGGUUCGUAAUUUUUUUGUUUUAGAUCACUUACUCUGGCUGCGUUUCAUCAAUACAGGAUCCACCGCUUCCAUUAGAUCUGAAAGGAGAACAAUUUUCUACUUUAGUUGGAACAAGUUACAAGUAAGAAUUGUUUUUUCUUGUAUCGUUUUCAUGUAAGGCAUGCUAUGUACUUUGUUAUUGAUUGCGUGAUCUGUUAUAUGCCUCACAUGCGAAAAGACCAUACACGAUUGUUCAUGUUUGUCAUCUCUUAGGUUUAUCUAACUUGUCUCUCUGGUUUUCGGUGAAUAGACGAUUUUGUUGAUUCCAUCAAACGGUAUAUCAGUCAGUCUUAGCACUCGACGAACAUCCACAUUAGGAACAAAUCUGGGUUACCGCCAUUACUCACGGGAUGUUUUCUUUAUGGAAAAAAAGGAAAAUGUUACUUUUCCUUAUAAAUAGAACGCUUUUACUGCUGCUUUGUCCGUUUAUUGAGGCAUAUUCAGUAUCAUUUUUUGUAGACGCUGGUGCCAAGUUUGUCAAUUCAUUCUCUAUUGUUCGAUUCGCUUUUGAAUGGAUUUUUCUUAGUCGCAAAAACACUUUACAUUGUGCCAACACAGUUUUAAUCAGUGACUUGUAGGCCAGAAAAUAAUCGUAAAUUAUUCUUUCUAUGAUCCACACUUGGUUUUUCAUUUUAGCAUACUUCUUCUCGAAGGUCUGGCUCCACUUUUUCUUGGUGACUUAUGAAUUAUUGGGUUGAUUUAUUCCUGGAUUUCUUCCUCUUCUCCACAAAUACGGAGAGACUCUGAACUGAGUCUGAAUUCAGUAUUGGUUGUUUCUUACUUCCCAAUCUACUAUUCAAGUACUCACAAUUAUCUUGUGGAUUUUCACAUCUUUCAUUUCUUCAUCAAUGGUCGUCAAUCGGUCCCCUGUGACCCAUUGGUCAUAGGUUUAUGUAUAUUGUUGUAGGAGGGAACCAUCGAUAUUUGAAGCAUAUCAGUUGAUGCCAGCGUCAACACGACGGCUGGAGAUGACUUGCAGGGGUUUUGCUCAUCAAUUCCACAUCUCAUAUACAGAGUCAUUAGGUGGUUGCUUUAUUUUUUAUGGAACUAUAAUUAAAGAAUAACAGUAGAAUAACAUGGGCGAAGUCUGACACUUGUUUCAACUUUAGAGGCUAAAGGUGAAUUGAGGGUCUAGCACUUGAUUGGAUCCUGAUAUAUGAUAGAUAUUAGCUGGAAAAUUAUAUGGUAUCCUAGUCUGCUCAAACAAACCUUUACUGUCCUCUAGUCACUGACUGUCAAGUUCCUAUUUAGAUGAUUUUUAGAAUUGUCGAAUGUGUCAAUCGAAGAAUUUUCUUUGCUUUGCCAUUUGAAAUUAAUUCCCUACUUUAAAAUGUCGUCCUACUGCAAUCAUUUGACAUAUUGCAAGGUUUUCGUUUUGUGUCCCAGUUUUGGCUCUAUGUUAUUGUUAUUUAUCAUAACUUAAAUCUAGUUAUUAUUUUGCAGUGCUCUGGAGCUAUUUUUGGUGAAGAGAAAAAUAAAGGGACCUUCCUGGUUAUCAAUUUCAAAAUUUUCGAGCUGUCCAGUACAUCAGCGGGUGUAGUUUCCCAGAAAUUCCCUUUCUUCUUUCUACAAUCCAGUGACAUGCAAAAAUUUAGCGGGAUUUUGUUUGCCUCUACUGUAUAGUUAGUUAUUUCCAAGUCUUUGUCAGGUGGCAUUGAUCACGUUUAUUUUCUUGGGGUGGGAGCUUUUGCAUUUCUUCAUUGUUUGAUAAGAGUAAUGAUAAACAGGUGAGCUGGUGCAAAUUUGAAGUCACCGUUGAAUCACCAAAGGAUGUAUGCAAUUCUACUUCAAAGACCCACCAGGAGAUACCUCCUGUUAUUGUUACAGCAAUAAAUUUGAAAACAAUUAGUAGUGAAAAGCAUAAUGCAAAUGAAAUAAUCUCUGCAUCUGUAAUUUGCUGCCACAAGGCAAAGGUAUGUUUGUCCUGGAACUUUCCAGAGUUAUUUCCUUUAUAUCAAAAUAUUCUUCUUCUUUUUUAAUAUCCACUCGUAACUGAUUGUAUGUGCUGUGACGAGUAGAUUAUUUCGUUUUGAUAAACUACAUACAGACCCUUACCCGCUCCUGUACUUAAUAGAAUAUGUCCGUCCCAAGUCGAUAUGUACAAAUAUAAAAAUUAUUUGUUUUUUUGUUUCGAUCAAUUAUGUCCUCUCUUUCUGAACUUUUUCGAACCUGAACUCCUCAGAUAGAUGGCCCUAUGAUAGCGUCAGAGUGGAAGAGACCAGGAAUACUUACCCAUGUUACUGUUGUUCGAAAACUCGAAGGCGGAAUAUUUCCAAUGGGUUUCUCUAAAGAAGUGGCUGAUAGAAAUACCAAGGCUGGUUCAAACAUUCUAGCAUUUGAAAGCAGGUAUCUUUUAUUUGCUGCAGUCUCACUAGAGUUUCCUUUUGCUUCGUUUUUAGUAAGUGUUAGAUUUUAUGUUUAAGUCUAUUAAUCCAAGUUUACUGGACUUCCUGGCAGUGAAAGGGCAUUGCUCAAUCGUUUAAUGAUUGAGCUGCACAAAUUGGAUAGCGACAUUCUCGUUGGGCAUAAUAUCUCUGGAUUCGAUCUGGAUGUCCUUCUACAUAGAGCCCAGGUUUGAUAAAUUGCUGAGCUUCAUGCGCAACUGUGAUUUGAAACCAUGUUUAAAGUUUGUAGUCUGGUCACAAAUUAGAACUGCCGAUUUUAUCAGUGAAGCGAGAGGAUAUGCCAUGGAUCUGUUGUUUAAGAAUAUGAAUUAGCUGGAACCUUUGGCCAUCAUUGUUGCUUACUACGCCAUCACGUGACCAUUGAUAAUGAAUAUGUGGUGAUGAGGACGCGCACAUGAUUUGGUAGAUUUUUGGUAGGAUUCUUGUUUGGAGCCUGCAAAAAAAUGUUUACUUUAGGAAUCUGAUGGCUCCCCAUCGGCUAAGGUGGAUGAUUUUUGGUCUACAUCUGAAAAGACGGAUUGAACCCAGUUGUUUACAUUGGCUUCUUGAAUAAUGUUAGCUGCUUUACCAUUCAGGUCUGCAAGGUACCAAGUGGCAUGUGGUCAAAAAUCGGUCGUCUCAAGCGAUCUGUGAUGCCUAAGCUCACAAAAGGAAGCACCAUCUUCGGCUCUGGGGCCAGUCUUGGUAUCAUGUCUUGCAUAGCGGGCCGGUUAUUAUGUGAUACAUACAUGUGCUCGCGUGAUCUUCUGAGGGAGGUAUAGUAAUGUAUCCCUGAGAUUUUUAUUAGUUUACUUAUCUCAGACCUCUUGAACUUUCUUAAUGCCCAUUAAUAGGUAAGCUAUUCAUUGACGCAACUCGCCAAGACUCAGCUGAAUAAAGAGAGGAGAGAAAUUUCUGCACAAGAUAUUCCAUCUAUGUUCCAAACAACAGCAUCACUCAUGGAACUUGUAAGUGCUUAUUCUGGAUAUUAGAUGCCUCUUUUAUUGUUAUCAGGCAAUUUCAUGUGGAACAUUGUCCAUUGUUGGAGCUGAAUGGUGAUUUUAACGCUUAUACCUAGGUUGAAUGUGGAGAAACUGAUGCCUGGCUAUCUCUUGAACUUAUGUUUCAUUUAAGCAUUCUGCCACUCACACGGCAGUUAACAAAUAUAAGUGGAAAUGUCUGGGGAAAGACUAUGCAAGUAAGUUAUACAUUUGCUCUUUCUUCUGCCGACUUAUUUUAGAAAAUUCCUUGACCAUAUUAUUUCCUUUCCAAUUCCUAACUGUUGUCUGAAAAUUCAUAUCACCUUCUUUUUAUUUGCAGGGUGCUAGAGCUCAACGAGUCGAAUAUCUCUUACUCCAUGCCUUUCAUGCCAAAAAAUACAUUGUCCCAGAUAAGAAUAGUGCACGGGGCCGAGAGGUGAGUGCGUCAAAGAGGAAAAUAAGUGAAGGCGUUGGCAGUGAAGAUGCUGGUCUAAAUGAUGGGUCUCUCGAGAAUGAUGUCCACCCUUCUGAUCAAGGAAGAGGCAAAAAGGGUCCUGCAUAUGCUGGGGGUUUGGUUCUUGAACCUAAAAGAGGAUUAUAUGACAAGUACAUAUUACUUUUGGAUUUCAACAGUCUCUAUCCUUCAAUAAUUCAGGUAUCAUUGUUUACAAAUACUUUCUAUCUUAUGUGAAAGUUAAUUCUCAUAAAUAAUUUCUUGCUUAUUCCGUUGCACCAUGCAGAAAUGGUGCAGUUAUCACGUUUCCCACUCACACCGUGUUUAAGUACUUCUGCAGGAAUAUAACAUAUGUUUCACAACCGUCGAAAGAUCUCCUGAUGGACUCGUUCCUAAUCUACCUUCUUCCAAGGCGAGAGGAGUUCUACCUGAGGUGUCUACCUGAUUCUUACCAUGAAUUAUGACGAACUCUUCCUAAUCUCAUGUUGCUGUUCCUUCUUUUUGUCGUAUAUUUAGCUCCCUAGUUUUCUCACAGCACAGGUUCUAUGCUAGUAUAUUCUUCUAGAAUGCACUGUUUCUCACUUCAAACUUUGAGAUGGCAUGCUGAUCAAAUAAUUUCUUGGUCCUGAAGGAUGGCCGCUAUGUAUUCUAAUAAAUUUUCUGGAAUACAGCGAUCCUUUUGCUGUGCAUUGCUUAUUAUAGUUCAGCACCUUACUUUUUUCUUUUUCAUAAUACUUAGUUUUCUUCCACUUUUACUUCUUAGUUACUGAGGAAUUUGGUUGAGAGGAGGAGAAUGGUUAAAUCCUGGCUCAAGAAUGCUUCUGGUCUCAAGGUUCAGCAGCUUGACAUUCAACAGCAAGCGUUAAAGCUGACUGCAAACAGGUUGAAAUCCUUCGAUCUUAACCCGUUAAAUCUCAGGACAUGCAGUUAUUCUGAUGUCAGUUUUUUUUUUUUUUCCCCAUCAUCAGCAUGUAUGGUUGCUUAGGUUUUUCUCAUUCAAGAUUUUAUGCAAAGCCUCUUGCAGAGCUUAUAACACUACAAGUAAGAAUUUCCUGGAUCUAAACUUGAAUUCAUUAAAUUAAAAUAUCCUUUGGUGUAACAACUAAUCCAUCUCCUCUACAGGGAAGGGAAAUCCUGCAAAGUACUGUCGAUCUUGUUCAGAAUAACCUAAAUUUGGAGGUAUUUCCCUCUUUGAGAUGCGUUGUUAUGCUGAAGUUUUUUUUUUUAUUCGGAAAAAUCACAUGACAGCCCUCUGUAUCGCGGGCUUCACUCCUCUUCUAUUUUGAAACGAAAAUACAUCCGUCUAUGCCACUUAGGUGGAGGGUCAUAUAUUCCUCUAUUUAUGAGACCUCCAUGAUUCUAAACUUAAGCUACCGGAUAGUUGGGAGUAUUAUUCAAUACCCUUUCUUUUCAUCUUUUUAUAAAAAUAAUAAUAAGAGUUCAAGGGUAUUUUUCCUGCUUAACAAAUUCAUACGGAAAUAAAAUAUCUGCUAAUGCAAUCAUAAGACUCUGCCCAUUUGGUGUUGAUGGAGAUAAUUUAUUUAUUUAUUUGCUUUCAUUUCUUAUGAUUUCUCCUGCGCUCAUCUGUUCAUCAACACCCGACGUUUAUUUCUGUCGCAAGCUGCCCAUUUAAUUUCUUUAUUUUCCACGAAUGUGGUUGUUCGCUGACAGGUGAUCUACGGUGAUACCGACUCAAUUAUGGUGUACAGCGGCCUCGACGACAUAGCCAAAGCCAAAGCCAUGGCUGGAAAGGUCAUCCAAGAGGUAAGCUUGCUCGAGAUAUCCCGGUCCGCCCAGACCGCAUGCUGGUCGUCUAGCUUGGAAGAUUCUCGCACCUCUCUCACUACCUCUUCUCUCAGGUCAACAAGAAAUACCGCUGCCUGGAGAUUGAUCUCGACGGUUUGUACAAGAGAAUGCUGCUUCUGAAGAAGAAGAAGUACGCUGCGGUGAAGGUCCUGUUCAAGGACGGGACGCCUUACGAGGUUCUUCCUCGCAGUCUCUGCCGACCCUCCGGCUCUCGCGCCUGAGAUCGACAUCGCUGACAUCCCCAGCCAUUCAUGAACCAGGUCAUCGAACGCAAGGGACUCGACAUGGUGCGGCGCGAUUGGAGUCUCCUGUCGAAGGAAAUGGGCGACUUCUGCCUCACCCAGAUACUAUCCGGAGGGUAUUUCUCUUUCCCCCCACAUUCACUCAAACACCCUUUAAGAUCUCUGCGAACUAUACAUAGCUCAAUCAAUGUGUGGCCCGGCGCAGGUCCUGCGAAGAUGUGGUGGAGGCGAUUCACAGCUCUCUCAUGAAGGUAACUGUCAGAAACCCUAGAAAUAUCUCUCAGCGAUUCGGCGAUGUAAAGGCACACUUCGUCCCUGCAACAGGUCCAGGAGGAAAUUCGGAACGGGGAGGUGAUGCUUGAGAAAUACAUCAUUACUAAAACCCUAACGAAGCCCCCUGAAGAGUACCCAGACGCCAGAAAUCAACCUCAUGUGCAGGUGGGAUCUCUUUUUAUGACUAUCUGCUGGUGUGGGUCGCCUCAUCUUACCGGAGCUUGGGCACUUGACAGGUGGCGCUGAGACUGAAGCAGAACGGCUACGCGACGGGCUGCUCCGCCGGCGAUACGAUCCCUUACAUCAUCUGCUGCCAGGAGGUAAGUGAGACUUGAGAGCCCCGCGAGAAAGCAACCGAGGGCCUAUGUGGGUUGUGCAGACUCGGUGACGACUCUUGAUCCUUUCACCAGAAUGCGGGUUCUGGCUCGUCGGCGGGGGUGGCCGGGAGGGCCAGGCACCCCGACGAGCUGAAGAGGGACAGCGGCGGGUGGAUGGUUGACAUCGACUACUACCUCUCCCAGCAGGUCCUUUAUAGCUUGUUUUCUUCGGCGGCCCGUCCGCUUCUCUCUCCUCCUAAACCUCUGGGUUGUUCCCGCAGAUUCAUCCGGUGGUUUCAAGGCUCUGCGCUUCCAUCCAGGGCACCAGCCCUGCUCGCCUGGCGGACUGCCUUGGUCUCGAUUCUGCGAAGGUGGGUCCCUGAGGUUCUUACUCCUGACGUCACUCUGUUGCUGCUCCUCUGACGUCACAUCUUCCCCACUCUCUCUCUCUCUACAGUUCCAGCAGAGGACGGCCGAAUCCUCCAGCGGGGACCCAUCGACUGCGCUCCUCUCCGCUAUGGACGACGAGGAGAGGUAACCAGGUUUCCGGCCCUCGACUGGAGCGGCGGCGCCGCCCACUCUCUCUCUAAAACGCCGCCCUUGCUCCUGUUUCGUUCACAGGUACCACGGCUGUGAGUCGUUGCAGCUGUCGUGCCCUGCCUGCUCCUGCUCGUUCGAGUGCCCCCCCGUUUCCAGCCUGCUUUCCGGCGAGCCGCCGGAGGAGCAGAAUUUCUGGCGGAGGAUGGCCUGCACGCGGUGUCCCGAGGGCAGCGAUCCCAGCAGGCUGUCCCCUGCUACGCUGGCUAACCAGGUAACGACGACGGCGGCGCCUAGUCCCUAGUCUGUGGAUGGCCUAGCUGAGGAUUGCCCCUCUCUCUUCUCUGUAGGUUAAGCGGCAGGUGGAGAGGUUUCAGUCCACCUACUACAGGGCCUCAAUGACGGUAUUCUUCUUCUUCGUCUUCUUCUUCUUUCAUGGCCAUCUUCUCCGAUCACUCGUUGAUGGUGCUGGCAGUGUGACGAUGAGAUGUGCAAGUACACGACGCGCGGCCUGAACCUCCGAGUGCUUGGGGACUCGGAGAGGGGAACCAUCUGCCCCAACUACCCUCGCUGCAACGGCCGUCUCGUCAGACAGGUUCCAACUCUCCCCCGCCCAUUAUCUCUCUCGUCAUCUCUCUCUCUCUACAUUAUUUGACUGUCGGAAGACUGAAAUCUUGGUCGUUUCAGUACACGGAGGCGGACUUGUACAGGCAGCUGAGUUACUUUUGCUACGUUCUGGACGCCGCAAGAUGCCUCGAAAAGGUUGACCCCUCUCUCUCUCCAUCUCUCUCUCUCUCUCUCUCUCUCUCUCUCUCUCUUUGCAGCUGUUGGAUUCUCUUUGUUCAUUCGAUGGGAUGUGAUGGAUGGCCCUCGCUCACCCUCUUCGUUGUGUUCGGGUCGCAGCUGGGUCACCGCGGUGGGGCCCAGGUCGAGAAGGAGCUCGCCCAGGCCCGCCUUCUCAGCGCCUCGGCCCUCUCUACCGUCCAGAAGAUCCGGGACCGCUGCGCCUUCGGCUGGGUCCAGCUGAACGAUCUCUGCGUCUCCAUCUAG